AUGGUAGCGCACAACCAAGUGGCAGCCGACAAUGCAAUCUCCACGGCAUCCGAGCCCCGACGGCGGCCAGAGUCGUCUUCUUCUUCCUCCUCCUCCAGCUCCAGCAGCUCCUCCUCGCCCUCCGGUGCGCCCGUGGCCCACGCGCGUUCGCGGGCCUGCGUGGCGGCGCCGGCCCCGGCCCCCGGAGACACGCAUUUCCGCACGUUCCGCUCGCACGCCGAGUACCGACUCAUUACCCGUGCCAGCGCGCUCCUCGACGCCUGCGGCUUCUAUUGGGGUCCCCUGAGCGUGCACGGGGCGCACGAGCGGCUGCGCGCCGAGCCCGUGGGCACCUUCCUGGUGCGCGACAGCCGCCAGCGCAACUGCUUCUUCGCGCUCAGCGUGAAGAUGGCCUCGGGCCCCACGAGCAUCCGCGUGCACUUUCAGGCCGGCCGCUUCCACCUGGACGGCAGCCGCGAGAGCUUCGACUGCCUCUUCGAGCUCCUGGAGCACUACGUGGCCUCCCCGCGUCGCAUGCUGGGCGCCCCGUUGCGCCAGCGCCGGGUCCGGCCCUUGCAGGAACUGUGUCGCCAGCGCAUCGUGGCCGCCGCGGGCCGCGAGAACUUGGCGCGCAUCCCUCUGAACCCGGUCCUCCGAGAGUACUUGAGCUCCUUCCCAUUCCGGAUCUGACCCACCCCAGGACCGGAC